AUGGAUAUGACAGAGAAACCUGGUGUUGCAGCACCAUUUAUGACCGCGUGGAAUGUGGAAGCUCAUACCCACUUGAUCAUUGGUGCCAAUCCCCUAGCUGCCGCGAGAUGCUCGAAGAGUCUGGAGGCGGGAGCCCACCCGAUAAUUAUCGCGCCAGAGACAGCGAAUCUUCACUUCACUCUAGUGGAGCAGAUUGCCAGUGGAAAAGCACAAUGGCUACGCCGCGAAUUUCAAGAUGAGGAUUUAACUACAUUGGGCCGCGCAGAAGUUGAUGGGGUGGUAGACAUGGUAUUCGUAACUUCAAGUGGCAGUCAUGAUAUAAGCUCUCAUAUUUCUAAGCUGUGUCAACGGUUACGCAUUCCAGUCAAUGUGUCGGAUGCACCCAAGUUGUGCUCAUUUACCUUACUUUCAACUUAUUCAGAUGGCCCACUUCAUGUCGGCAUCACAACAUCUGGUCGUGGAUGCAAACUUGCAUCUCGUUUACGAAGAGAAAUCGCCGCUUUUCUCCCCGCCAAUCUCGGUCCUGCAAUUGAUCGACUUGGGGCUAUGCGACGUCAAUUAUGGGAAGAAGAUCAUGCCGCCGGGCUUACGGAUGUAGCUCUUGAAUGCGAUGACGAUGACAUUACAGGCCAGAAACACACAUUCAAUAAUCUCGUCACGGAGGACGAUGUUGCUGCUGCAAGAACCAGAAGAACACGUUGGCUCUCCCAGAUAUGCGAAUAUUGGCCUCUUCGAAAGCUUGUCUCUCUGACCGAUACGGAUAUAAAUGGAAUUCUCCUGGCAUAUUCAUCAAGCCAGGUUAAUAAGCUAGAAGAAACUGUCACGACCGGCAUUUCGAAACUGGGGAAGAUUGUACUCGCUGGUUCCGGUCCGGGACAUCCAGAUCUUCUCACACGAGCUACUUAUAACGCAAUUCAAAGGGCCGACAUUAUUCUCGCCGACAAACUUGUCCCGGCCCCAGUUCUAGACCUUAUUCCUCGCAGGACAGAAGUUCAUAUUGCUCGCAAAUUCCCCGGAAACGCAGACCAAGCACAAGAAGAGUUUCUACAAAUGGGUCUUGCCGCCCUCCAAAAAGGCAAGCAAGUACUCCGGCUAAAGCAAGGAGAUCCAUACCUUUACGGUCGUGGAGCAGAAGAGUUUGAGUUCUUCCGAGGAGAAGGGUAUAUUCCACUCGUCCUUCCGGGUAUUACUAGCGCGAUGAGCGCAUCUCUAUUCGCUGAUAUUCCCGCGACGCAUCGUGGAGUGUCAGAUCAAGUAUUAGUCUGUACGGGUACUGGGAGGAAAGGUGCUGCACCACAACCUCCAACAUAUGUUCCAACCCAAACUGUUGUGUUUCUAAUGGCACUACAUCGGAUUUCCGCCCUGAUUGAGUCUCUGACAUUACCUUCUGAUGAUAUCAUACAGCCACGAGUUCUCUGGCCGAAGGAAACACCGUGCGCCAUUAUUGAGAGAGCAUCAUGCCCUGACCAGAGGGUCAUUCGGUCUACCUUGGAACACAUUUGUCAAGCAUUUGAGGCCGCCGGCUCACGGCCGCCGGGGCUGUUGGUAGUUGGGGCCAGUUGCCACGUCUUGCACCAGCCCAUUGGACAAAGAUGGAUCAUUGAGGAAGGCUUUGAUGGGUUAGAAGAGCUCCAUGGAGAUUUGGAUGCCACUGGGCUUCUGAUUGAUCAAGUUGUGAAAUAA